CAUUUAUCUUACUGCUCCGAGAUUUGACGCGAUGCCUUUCCAGAUGUUUUUCAGACACGGUUGUUUGUUUGCUGCCACUGCCUUCCUGAUGGCUUUACUAGUGGCGGCCGCCCCGCCUGUUCCAUUAUCAGAUUACGUGACGCACCCGUGCAAAAGGAACUGCCUCGAUCCGGGUCAAAAAAGCAUGCGCUGUGAGUACAAUUUUACACUGGAGACGUACCAGACGCUGUCACGGGCCUGUUAUGACUGCCCUAACACCGCCGCCGACUGUGCCCGACCCCACUGUAUCCCAGGCGACGGCUUUGUGAGAGCAGUGAAGGUUGUAAAUCGCAUGCUUCCCGGCCCGGCGUUACACGUGUGUCAAGGAGACACGGUGGUCGUUAACGUGUACAACCAGCUCGGCGACUACGAGGGAACAAGUAUCCACUGGCACGGCAUCCUACAGGAGGGAUCCCCGUAUAUGGACGGAGUUACUAUGGUAACGCAGUGCCCCAUACCAUCCCAGUCAUCAUUUCAAUACAGGUUUGAAGUCCCCACAUCUGGUACCCAUUACUGGCAUGCACACGCCGGGCUACAGCGCGGAGAUGGUCUCAGCGGCGCGCUCGUGGUGCGUGAUACUAGCUUCACGGACGUCAUGAAGCUUUAUGACGUCGAUCUACCGGAACACACCAUCAUCAUUCAGGACUGGCUGGACCAGUUCACUACAUCGAAGUUUUCUAUCCACCACCACAGCGCGGGGGAUAAUACGCCGGCAUCAAUCAUCAUUAACGGCCGAGCAACGACGUUUGGUAAGAAAAAGACGGCCAUCGAUCACGGGUCAAUGGACAUGGACACCGUAACACAGACACCACAGACUAAUACUACGGCCACCAGCACGGCCACUACCACCGUGAACCACGAAGGGCAUGUCAUGGGGAAAAGGGCUGUGACGUCACCGGAUACAAUGACGCCACCGAGUACUGGAAUGGAGGGGCAUAAUAUGAGCACUUCAAAUGGUUCGACAACAAAUGACUAUAUAAGCUAUGUUCCGCAUCAAGUGUUCAGUGUGGCGCAUGGCAAGAGGUAUCGGUUCCGUAUCAUCAAUAACGGGGUGCUGAACUGUCCGCUUAAGGUGUCGGUGCAGGACCACAACCUGUCAGUGAUUGCCUCAGACGGGUACGACAUGAAACCAGUGCUUGUUGACAGUAUAACGAUAUUCGCGGGCGAAAGAUACGAUUUCGUCCUAUCAGCAAACCAGAAACCAGAUAAUUACUGGUUGUACGUAAUGGGAUUGGGGGAUUGCGCACGUAGCAAAACGUCGCAGACUGCCAUUAUCAGGUACGAGGGACAGAUGGAGACGAAGCCGACUGCAGGAGAAGCCUAUCUUGACACUGACCGCACGGGAAAGAAUGCAAAUCCGUAUCUUAUCAAGCCCGACACUGUCAGUGUAGCUCAGAUGACGUCAUCAUUUCCUGCUGACGACGUAUUCAACGCACAUCACGUGAAGAAGUACUACAUAUUACUGGGUUACAAUCGAGUUGAAAAUUACAGGUUCCUCGACCGCGAAUACUACCCGCUUUCCCGGCUUUAUGAAAUGAUCCAAGGACUUCACGUCAGUCAUCUGCUGUCGCUGCAAAUGAACCGUAUCACAUACACCACGCCGCCGGCCCCGUUGCUUUCUCAGUAUGAACAGCUAAAAGAGGGCACCUUCUGCAAUGAGACUUCUGUUGACCGCGAUUGCAGUACGGAAUUCUGCGAGUGCGUCCAUCGCUUGAAAGUUGACCUGAAUGACGUCGUGGAACUGGUCCUCAUUGCUGAUGGCAAGCAUGGCAUGGGCAACCAUCCUAUGCAUCUCCACGGGCACAGCUUUUACGUUCUUGGCAUGGAAAGGGUAAAUGACACCGUUGAUAGAUCUGAAAUUGAGCGGUUGGACUCACAAGGAAAACUGCGCAGGAACGUCGAGUUUCCGGUACGGAAGGACACUGUUAUCGUACCCGAUGGAGGAUACACUAUUGUCCGUUUCAAGGCCAAUAAUCCAGGUUUUUGGCUUUUCCAUUGCCACAUUGAUUUCCACAUGCAUCUGGGGAUGUCGAUGGUUCUACAAGUCGGGGAGCCGAGGAAAAUGCCGCUCGUUCCCCCGGGCUUUCCGCGCUGUGGCAACUGGGCCUACUCGGACGAUGUGACCGCGCCAUAUGACAUUUGUAGAACAAAUGUUGCGACAAGGACUGCAAUGCCUGCUGCAGUUGUUUUGUGUUUGAUUACGCAAUUAUUGUUAUAAAUUUAUAAAUAUACACAUCUCGGAGCGCAUACGAUAUCGAUUUAUAACACCAAUGAAACAUACAUCCGUAGGCAACAGCCGCACUUAAAUUAUUUCAUAUAGCGUAGCCAAAAUAGGUUUGCCUGUUGGUGUUCGAUUUUGUUUAAUAAGAAAUUGUCGCAUUUAGUAUAUUUUCUUAAAUAGUAGUUCUAGUCAAAGCUAAGCACUUAUUGGAUCAACAAGAUUGAAUAAACAACAUUAUUAUAUAUAAAAAUCUGCGCUGUUUGCUUAAAGGAAUUUUCAGUAAGUAAUAUUCUAAAUAUAGAAAUAAAUAUACUAGACAUCCCUAAUUUUGGAAAUAAAUUGAUCCAAUCUAGAAAGAUGGGAGAGUCCACUAGGCAUAAAUGGGUUAACGCUAGAGACAAAUACAUCAAUUUCACUAAUUUUCUUAGGGAUUCAUCCAUUUCCGCGCAUGCAUUCAUCAAUCGCUGUUUUUGACCUACGUCAAAAGUUACCGACGACCUUAGAAUGUAGAUAGAUUUGUGCAAACUUUUUGCGUACAUUUGAUUGAAUUUCAGCAUUAGAGUGUAAGUGUACAACUACUUAUCUAAUAGAUUUACAACAGGUCUUCAACGCCGUGAGUUGUUUGGAGUUUUUAUUUCAAAUGAAUGAAAAGACAUUGGCCGUGGUCUGUGAAAAGGGGGUUAAAUGAAUGUUCGUAAAGUGUCGUCCCAGAUUAGCAUGUGCAGUCCGCAUAGGCUAAUCAGGGACGACACUUCCCGCUUUCAUGGUAUUUUUCGGUUACAUAAAGUCUCUUGAUGCGAAAAUCCAGUUUAGGCCGAAAGUGUCGUCCUUGAUUAGCAUGUGCGGACUGCACAUGCUAAUCUGGGACGACAAUUUACGCAAUGCAUUAAAACCCAUUUACACAGAGCACGGCUCGCGUAAUUGAAAACCCGGGAAAUAACUCCAUAUCUUCUACACCCGUCAUGUUUACAGUGCGUUACGGUUUAUAUAAUGAUUUUGUCUGGUACCGACUUGUUGGUUAUUGAGUUCGUGUCAUUAUUCAACGACAAAGUGUCGCUUUGCUUUUCUAUUCUACCUUUCAUUAUCGCAAUUCAAGUUGGUUUACGCAAUACUAUUGAAUUCGUAAGGCGUUUUAAAUGAUAUAUGCACAACUGUAUUACCGCUCAUCGCUUACAGGAAGUUUCUACUUAAAAACCUGAACUUAUGUUAAGCAAAUAAUUAAUAUGUUUUAUCAUUAUGCUGAGUAUAUUGUUGAAUAUCAACCGAAGUCUUAUGUGAAGCAGUGAAUAAAUAUGUUAUAGCUGUACACUGAAUACAUUGUUUAAUGCCAGAUCAAAAACGUAUGUAAAAUUUUUGAUAAAUAUGUUUUAUAUUCAUGCUGUGUACACUACAUAAUAUCCACCUUUUGUGAAUGUAAAAAAAUCCCCAACAAUAUGCGAUGAAAGAUAAACCGAUCGUAUUUAUAACUUACAUAAUAGCGAUCGAGAUCUGAUAAACCAGCUGUAUUGUAUGUUGUAGUAGCAAACACUUUUUAGAUUUACUGAUACUAUUUAAAUAUGCUUGUGAUAUAAAAAAAUAUCAUGAUUAUAUUUAAGUGUUUACAUUCUUGUAUGAUGAAUUGAGACAUUCGUUAAAUAUUAAAACACAAUCUAAUAUUGCAUUUUAAAUAUUCACUUAUUCAUGAAAUCACACGUUUUGCUAUUGUUUUCAUGUUUGUUUGUAUUGUUACGAGUGUUAAUCGCUGUACUUUUAAGCGAUGGCUGAAAUCCGUUGCAUGAACUUACUUUCUUUGUCUCGCGUGUGUUAUGAAAACAAAAAAUAUCAAAAUCUUACAAAUUAUUUGUUUUUUUAUUAAUAUUGUUACUGUAAUUAUAAUUUUUGUUAUAUUUAUAUCCUAUUGUGAAUCAUUAUAUAUGGAACUCUUUAUAAAAUAA